AUGAAUGAACUAAAAAUAUACCCUCCGCUGAAUAAAAUCAUGGCUGGUCAAGCAUUCAAAACAGCUUCCUACACCGCACCGCUCGUCCUUGCGACCGUUACCAAUUUUGCAUACAGAACGCUCACGCGACAACAAAGUCGUGUACGUGUUUAUAAAACAAUACAGUGUAUGGGGUUGAUAUUGGUAUGUUUCGGGGAACCAAUCAAGAACCAGCUGCUCGAAACGGCCGCAAAAUGGUCCUCGUCCGCCGCCCAGUCAUGA